AUUAAACCAAAGUAAUUGGGGCAAAGCCCAAGGUCGCAGAAGCCACCGAUUUCCUGUCACCUGGUAUCUAUCAGCUAUCCCAGGCCUGGCCCAUCUCACUCACCCUGAGUACUGGAGAGCCCAGCCGUGGAACCGAAGUCAGCAGCAGGCAUCCGCAUCAGGCGCUGAGCCCUAAGGCCUUGGAGACUCAGGAGUUUUGAAGGUAAAAUGACAACACCCAGAAAUUCGAUGACUGGAGCUUUCCCAGCAGAUUCUGUGAAAGGCGCUGCUGCCUUGCAUCCUGCCCAAAGAGUGAUUCCCAGGAAGACGUCUUCAGUGGUGGGCCCCACACAAAGCUUCUUCAUGAGGGAGUCUAAGGCUUUAGGGGCUGUGCAGAUUAUGAAUGGGCUCUUCCACAUCGCCCUAGGCAGCCUCCUGAUGAUCCACAUGCAGGUCCACACACCCAUUUGUGUAACUGUGUGGUACCCUCUCUGGGGAGGCAUUACGUUUAUCAUUUCUGGAUCACUCCUGGCAGCAGUGGAGAAAAACUCCAGGAAGAGUUUGGUCAAAGGGAAAAUGAUAAUAAACUCAUUGAGCCUCUUUGCUGCCAUUUCUGGAAUAAUAUUUUUGAUCAUGGACAUAUUUAAUAUUACAAUUACUCAUUUUUUUAAAAUGGAGAAUCUGCACCUUAUUAAGGCUCCCAUGCCAUAUAUUGACAUACACAACUGCGAGCCAACUAACCCCUCUGAGAAAAACUCUCUAGCUGUACAAUAUUGUGACAGCAUACAAUCUGUGUUCUUGGGCAUUUUUGCAGUGAUGCUGAUAUUUACCUUCUUCCAGGAACUUGUCACAGCUGGCAUUGCUGAGAAUGAAUGGAAAAAACUGUGCUCCAGACCCAAAGCUAAUGUAGUUCUCCUGUCAGCUGAAGAAAAAAAGGAACAGUCCAUUGAAAUAAAAGAAGAAGUGGUUGAGCUGACUGAAAUAUCUUCCCACCCAAAGAAUGAAGAGGACAUUGAAAUAAUCCCAGUCCAAGAAGAAGAAGAAACAGAAAUAAACUUUCCUGAACCUCCCCAAGAUCAGGAAUCUUCACCAACAGAAAAUGAUAGCAUCCCUUAAACUUUUUUUUCUGUUUUCUGUUUCCUUUUUUUAAGCAUUAUUGUCCAUAGUUUCCAAGAGACAUAUUCACCCCCAUUUCUUGAGGCACUCCAUACAUAUCCUCCCAAUCUCUCUCUGUCUCUCCAUGGAGUGACCGCAGCCCCCAGACUCCCUCAUUCAGAGAACACAGCCAUUGUAGCAGACUGUGUCAUCAUGAUUCUUGUUUGGAAAGCUUUCUUUCAUUCAAAAAGGCAGACUAAGUAUUGCAGAAUGUGAUUUCCCACUAGCCUUUUCCUUGGAUAAGAUGUAGUAGUAAUAGCAGUAGUCAUCAUUUUUCUCAUUUCUUCUCUCCCCAACAGGAAGAUGCUGUACCUGAUGAAAAAGAUAAAUGACUGCUCCAUGCCUUCCCUAAACCACCUUUAAUUUCCUCCACACCUCCAUUUCUGGUGGAGUCCCUUUUGUGCCAUUGUUUUAAAGAAAGUAAAAAAUAGUACCAAGAUGCAAAAAGGAACCUAUUCCAUCUAUCUUUCUAAGAGACUGACGCUGGGGCACUUUCUCAGAGCCCCCUUACCCCCCCGCCACCGCCAUUCCACUAUGGAAACUCUAACUGGCCAACAUUCAGCCCUUUCUUUGUACAAACAGCACAGCUUAUACCUGGACACGCCUCUAUCUGUCUUAACUUUCCGUAAGACCUGCCCUAGACUCUUGGUUUCACUGUCUACCUACUUUCAGCCUUUAGACAGGAAAGGAAAGAAAGAAAAAUGUUAUAAAAUGAGUACCCAAUCUCAAAUGAUAAUCAACACUUGGCAUUUGUAGAUUAUUUUCAAUUCAAAUAUAUUUUACUAAAUAAUUGCACUUGAUCUUCUAAUGAUCAAGAGAAAGAUCCUAUUUCAUGGAUGAUCUAAAGAGGCUAAGCAACUUGUAAAUAAGUACAGGUGAUUUGUCAAUGGUUACAGCAAGUAAUUUUGAGAGCCUUGUUUCAUAUCUGGAUCUUCUUACCCAAAUCCUGUCGUGUUUGAAAUAACCAAAUUGCCUAUCUAAUGCCUGUUUACUACAAAGCAAAGCCACCAGGUUUUAACAAGUACCUACUCUCUGACCAGCAUGAAACAGGUUGAGAAAGACACACAGGAGAGUCAGAUAUCAGGUUUUACUGCUUGGGAAUAAAAAGACUUAGGCAUUCACAACAUUUGGAAAACUACUGACAUCAUUAAUAUAUAAUUAGGUGUUAGAUUACAUAAUGCAGACACUAAGUGCUAUUGAUGUUCCAGAAAAUAACAUAAUUAGUUACAAUGUCAAAUCUCAGGCAACAGCUACCCUACUUCUCAAUUCCUGUUCACAUUCAGAUAUACCAGCAUCCUAUGCAGAAAGAAUGUCCACUUAGAAAGAUGUCACUACAAUCUAUCAAUUACAUUUGAGCAUUUUCUAUAUGUUGCAUGCUCCCAGAUUCUGGCAGGUAUAUAGACUAUGUAACUUCCACUUUCUGUGAUAUUUCCACCUUGUAAGGAACCACCAAUGGAACAUAUUCCCUGUAAUUAGAAAAAAAGCAGGUAGGACAUUUCUCAGUCUUUGUAAAGCCCUCAAAAUCAGCUUUAAAUGAAUAAAACUGUAUUUGUAUUCUUG